AUGUUCCAUCUGGGCUCAGAUACAAGAUCGUAUCCAGUCUACAUCGCUAUCCAAGAUUAUCAACCAGACGCAACAGAUGUGGAGAGUAUUCCUUUGGAACAAGGUCAAAUCGUCGAAGUACUUGACAAAAAGAAUCCAGCCAGUUGGUUGGUACGAACCAAGGCUCGUCCACCGCUGUCUGGGUGGAUUCCUGGCUCAUAUUUCGAAACACCGACAGAAUACUACAAGCAACGUCGACGAACACGCGAGCUGGAUACGACAAACGCGGCAAUGACCGAGGAUCAGGAAGCGUUGCUCAAACGAGAUGUUAUGCUCAAAGGACUUAACUAUUAUUCGGACGAUCCAGGAAAGGUCGGACAGACAUUCACUCGUCUGGAACGCGAUUUCGACCAUCACGUACAAUUCCUGAAAGAUCUCCCGGCCACCCUGGAACUUCUUGAGAAACAGCCAUUUAAGGACUUUUUUCAGGUCUCUUAA